UAGUCCCAUGUGCUCCCUUGUUCUCCUCCACCUCGAUAGUUCCCAAUUGCUACACGUUACAUGUACUUCCUUUUCUUCCUCUCCUUUGUUGGAGCCAUGGUAAACCCUGGACACAAACUGGGGGUGUUGAAGGAGAAGAAGAAACCCAAAAGGGGAUUGGAGGACCCAUUAGUUGUAUUUGGUUGGGAUGUGAUGUUGAUGAUACUCAACCAUCUGGACGCACGCAGCUUGGCACUAUCGCUCAUGGUCUCUCGCAGCUGGCAUGGGGUGGCGUCUAGUGACGCUAUCUGGGCUAAAAAGUGCGAAGAGUUAUGGGCCGGAAAAGCACAUCUACCUCGUAUCUCUCAAAUCAAGGGGUUGUCAAAGUUGGCUGCUUACUCCUUGUCUAUAAUGGAUGGCAAACGUAGCCGAAUCUUGAAGGAAGACCUAUGGGAUCAUUCUUGGGAGUUCCACUUCAAAAAGUCAGCCCCAGGAUACUGGCUCAACUUGGAUCCAUACUGGAAAGGGACGCGCCCACUAAUGCGACGCUAUUUUCACCCAGAUGGGAGUCAAACCGCUGAUCCUGAUGACAAGGUGUGGGGAGGCCAUGAAUGUUGUUACACCAUAGUCACAAGUUUGUUGGGAGACGGGAAGAUUAGAGAGCAUUAUGUGAGGAUCGGUCGAUGGCCCCAAAUGUCGAUCUUGAGGAAACGUGAUUGGGGAUGGAAAAUGUCAAACCACCUCUACAGCUAUUCAAGCAUUCCAGAUGUUGCUGACAAGAAGGGUGGCACUGGUCCUUGCUUUUCGGCAGUUUGAAACAUGUUUGGUUUUCUGGUAGUUUCAACAGCUGUCUUGGAAGUUAUAUUAAGUAGUAGUAGAAUUUUAAUGAAGUUUAGUUAUUAUGGUUUAUAUGAUGUGUUAUCAGAUCUAUGUUAUGUUUUGUUGCAAAUUAUGUGACACACAUGUUUAUACGUA